AUGGAAGCAGAGAACCACACAGUCCUAUCCCACUUCCUCCUCCUGGGCCUCUCAGAGGAUCCAGACCUGCAGCCCAUCCUCUUUGGACUGUUCCUGUCCAUGUACCUGGUCACAGUGCUUGGGAACCUGCUCAUCAUCCUGGCCAUCAGCUCUGACUCCCACCUCCACACCCCCAUGUACUUCUUCCUCUCCAACCUGUCCUUGGCUGACAUCGGCUUCAUCUCCACCACGGUCCCUAAGAUGCUGGUGAACAUUCAAGCACAUAGCAAAGACAUCUCCUACCUAGAAUGCCUUGCACAAGCAUAUUUUUUUAUUAUUUACGGUGGAGUGGAUCAUUUCCUACUGACUAUAAUGGCCUUUGACCGCUUUGUGGCCAUCUGUCAUCCCCUGCAUUACACAGUCAUCAUGAACCCCCGACUCUGUGUCCGCCUGGUUCUGAUGUCUUGGCUCAUCAUGUUCUGGGUCUCCCUGAUUCAUGUUCUAUUGCUGAAUCAACUGACCUUCUACACAGGCACUGAAAUCCCACAUUUCUUCUGUGAACUGGCUGAGUUACUCAAGGUGGCCGGCUCGGAUACCAUCAUCAAUUACAUCUUUAUAUAUGUGGUGGCUGCCCUGCUGGAUAUGAUUCCUGUCACUGGGAUCCUCUUCUCCUACUCUCAGAUUGUCUCCUCCUUAAUGAAGAUGUCCUCCUCUGUGAGCAAGUAUAAAGCAUUUUCCACCUGUGGGUCCCACAUCUGUGUGGUCUCCUUGUUCUAUGGAACAGCUUUUGGGGUUUAUCUCAAUUCUGCUGGGACCCAGUCUUCCUCAAGAACCAUGAUUGCCUCAGUGAUGUACACUGUGGUCACCCCCAUGCUGAACCCCUUCAUCUACAGCCUGAGGAACAAGGAUGUGAAGGGGGCCUUGAGGAGACUCCUCCGCAGAAUGAUCUUUGGUCCUUCUUGGGUCACUGACCUCAGAACUAAGUGGACUCUGCAGAACCUUAAGCUAUUGCUAUGA